AUGGCAGUAGGAUACUAUACCGAGUCACUGGAGCGGACGGAAAGAGCGUUAUCUCACUUUGUAAGCAAAAAUUACGAACUCACAUUGGUCAAGACUUUGCAGAUGGAAAUCCAAAUUUUGAAAGUGGAACUAGAGGAAAAGAGAAGGCAAAAGCUAGAGAAGUCCCAAAACAGAGCAGAGAAGAGCGCAUGUCUUGAUUCUAUUGAUUUAAUGAUGCAAACACAAGAUGGACUCAUAAGAGAACUUCAAAAAUGCCUUGAGAGCAAUAGAUCCGCUCUACCCUUGGAGAAGUUGAAACUGGACUAG